AUGGCCAGCCAAAAUACUGAAGCGGACAUCAGUUUUGCGCAGGAUUUGAUCACCUGCAGCUUGUGCCAAAAUAAGGUAGAUUUUUCCUGUAACACGUGCAGGGUACAACUUUGUUGUGCUUGUGUUGGGAAACAUAUGAUUUCUACCUCAUCCGAGAAUCACGAUUUAGUGAAAUACUCUUUAAAAUAUGAAACAAUCCAAAAUCCACAGUGUCCAACUCACACUCACCAAAAAUGUGGAAUAUACUGCAAGCAAUGUGAAACUCCUGUCUGCGAUAAAUGUGUUGUUUCAACUUUCCACAAAAACCACGAUUUUGUCGAAAUUAAAGAUAUUUAUCAUGCCAAGAAAAAUAUUAUCAAACAUGACACAACAAUUCUAAAAGAGAAGAUUGCUCCAGAAUAUGAUAAGGUUGUCGAACAGCUAGAGGAAUGGGUAAAUGAUAUACCCAAAAAUAAUGUAAUCCUGAAAUCAAAAGUGCAUCUGAGAAGAAAAGCUUUGCAUGAAUUCGUGGACAAAAUAGUCAAUGAACGCAUCAGUGAGAUUGAUAAUAUGGAACAAAAAAAUGCCAAAAGUCUGAAGAAAAACUUAGAAACUAUCAAAGGCAAAGUUGGAGUUGUUCGUCAUACCAUUAGAGAAAAUGUCGCUCUUUUAGAGUCAUGGGACUCUAAACUCCUUCAUUAUCGUUCGGAUAUCGAUCAAUAUAGAAAUGUAUCUUCAUCUCUAGAUGAUAUAUACAAUGCAGAAUUUGUUCCAGGCACAGAUAGCGGAGUCGAGUUCUCUAAAAUGUUAGGUGAUCUUAGUUUUUCCAUAGUGAAACCAUUCCAGGAAAAUAUGAUCAGAACAGAAAUUGAACGGUCGCUGCGAAAGAUAUCUUUGAAAAUCCCCAUGGAAGACCCAGAAAUCAUCGCCAAUAUUUCAACAGAAUAUGAGGCACUGUUCGACAUUGCUUGUCUAGACAGUGUACAGGCAUGGAUAAAUGGUGGCGGCAUAAUGACAAGAUUAGAUAUUAAAGGAAAGGAGGAGGAAAUUAUUUCAAGUCGAAAUGUUUGA